AUGGAAUACGUAGACUAUGUUUUCGAUAAUCUCAACAUCGCGAAGGACCGCCUGGUCACAAACUCCAUCGCCUCCUUCGAGGGCAUGACGGCCCAGCGCUGGAUCCGCAUCAUCGUCAUCAUCGGCGGUUACAUGCUGCUACGCCCCUACCUGCUAGGCUUCGCAGCGAAGCGACAAAAGGCGCAAUUCGAGAAGGAGGCGGACGAUUUGGGCCUCGGCGAAGACAGGGCGCCAGAUGCGAAUAGUCUGCGCGGAGGCGCAAAGAAGAGCGGCGGCGGGAAAGUGCUGGGCGAAGUCAAGGACAGCGGGGAGGGAAAGGCGAAGCAGCGGAAAUAA